AUGCUGUCUCCGGCACGCCUUCUCGGCCUACUGACAAUCGUCACUACUGUUCUCUCCAAAACAGUCGAAUAUGAGUUCAACGUUACCUGGGUCCUCGCCAACCCGGAUGGUGCCAGAGUACGACCAACAAUCGGCAUCAAUCACGCCUGGCCGCUGCCGCAGAUCCAGGCCGACCUAGGGGACACUAUAGUUGUGAAUGUGCUCAACUCGCUGGGCAAUCAGUCCACGGCUCUACACUUUCACGGCAUCUUCAUGGAGGGCAUCCCGCACAUGGAUGGGACUGCCCAAGUCUCCCAGUGCGCCAUUCAACCGGGUUCCAAUUUCCAAUAUAGGUUUCAGGUCAACCAGCCAGGAACGUACUGGUACCAUGCCCAUGCCGAGUCACAGUACCCAGAUGGGCUCCGUGGUCUCUUGAUCGUGCAUGAUGCGGUCUCCCCAUACCAUGAUGAGUACAAUGAGGAGAUUGUAUUAUCGAUCUCGGAUUGGUAUCACGAGCAGAUGCCGGAGAUGAUGCCACACUAUCUCCAUCAGUCUAUGCUGCAUGAUCCUACACCGGACUCGAACUUGAUUAACGACACUCAGAACCUCCAGAUCCCGGUUCGACCAAACGAGAAAUACCUUGUUCGGAUUGCGAAUGUCGGUGGCUUCAUGGGACAAUAUGUCUCAAUCGAAGACCACGAGAUGACGAUUGUGGAAGUGGAUGGUGUCUACACGAAGCGCGCACAAGCACAGACCAUCUAUAUCGCUGCGGGUCAGCGAUACGGGGUUCUGAUCGAGGGCAAGGACAAUGCCAGUCGCAAUUACGCUAUUACCGUGACUAUGGACAAGACCUUGAUUAUGAUGGCCCACUCGCGACCUCAAGUCACCGUUACCGGGUGGUUAGUCUACGAUCAGCGCCUGCCACUCGACGAGCCAUCCGCAGACAUCGACAUCUCCCAAGCAAUUGACGACAUUACGCUGGAACCGUAUGAUUCGGAACCACUCUUCACCUCACCAGAUCAAAGCAUCACUCUGAAUAUGGGAACGGCUCGACUUGGGGAUGGAAAAAGCCACUGGACAUUCAACGACAUUGCCUACACCCCGCCCGACUACCCGGCCUUAUACCACGCCCUCGAAGCUGGGGCUCUCUCCACCGAUGCCGCGACCUACAACCAAUCCACCAACACCUUCAUCCUCGCCGAGAACCAGACCGUGGAGCUGAUAGUCAACAACGGCCACAUGAGCCGCCACCCGUUCCACCUGCACGGUCAUAACUUCCAGGUGGUCUACCGCUCCGAGGCCGGCAAUGGCAGUUUCGCGGACACCGGAGCGACCGAGGCGGAUUUUCCCAGGGUUCCCAUCCGGCGCGACACGGCCAUUGUCCAUCCCGGGGGGAAUUUGGUGCUUCGGUUCCGAUCGAACAAUCCUGGCGUCUGGAUCUUCCACUGCCACAUGGAAUGGCACGCGUACUCGGGUCUCGUGCUCACCCUCGUCGAAGCCCCGCUGGCCCUCCAGGAACGGUUGCGGCUCUCCACUCGUAUCCCGGCAGACCAUCUCGCUGCCUGCGCGCCUGGGCAGACCUUGCUGUCGGGACCGGGUGUCGAGGUCGAUGAUGCGGUCCCUUCUUCCGCGCCAGCGGAGGUUGAGGGCGAUGGAGCGGGUUCCCACACGGCGGACGGUCACGAAAGCGCUGCUGCUGUUGACAGUAAUUGGAAUCGGUGA